AUGGCCUCCCUCCUCCUCCUCCUCCUCCUCGCCCUCUCUGCCCCGGGCACGUCCCUCUUCUCUCCAGGUUCGGGGCGUCUGCUCCCCUACGAUCUGCUCUACGCUGAUGGGGUCCGGGCCUAUUUCGCGCGGGACUGGCCUCGGGCGGCCGAGCUGCUGCAGCGCGCCCUGCACAGCUAUUCGCAGCUGCUGGUGGCGCGGCGCGGCUGCCAGGGCAGAUGCAGGGAAGAGGCCGGCUUCGCGGGCCCACCGGCCGCUCCCUCCUGGGAGACCCGCUUCUUCGACAGGAUCCUGCAGCGCGCGGAGUGCCUGGGGGAGUGCCUGGGGCGCCGGCUGGGCUCGGAGCCCUCCCUUCACAGGGCCAGCAGGGAGAUCCAGGAGGACUUCGAGCAGAGGGAGCCCUACAACUACCUCCAGGUGGCCUUAUUCCAGCUGAAGAAGCUGGAUGAAGCGGUGUCAGCAGCUCACACGUUUUUCGUGGCCAAUCCUCAGCACCUACAGAUGCGUGAGGACAUGGAGAAAUAUCAGCGCAUGGCAGGGGUGAAGCUAGAGAGUUUCCGAGACCUGCAGGCCACACUAUACUGGGAGGCAUACGAGACUGGGGUGCAGCAGUACAAUGUGGAAGACUACCUGCAGGCUGCUGUGAAGCUGGAGGAGUCACUCAAAGAGGUACUAUUGGCACUGGAGGAUUGUCGAGCUCUGUGCGAGGGGCCCCAGGAGGAUGGCACAGAGGAGGAGAUGCAACCUGGCCUUUAUGAAGCCAUCGCAGCCCAUUAUAUUCAGGUCCUGAAGUGCAGGCAGCACUGUGUCCUUGAAGUUGCCACCAAGCCAGGACGGGUUUCAGCCACAGACGAUUUCAUACCAUCCCAUUUGGUUUUAUUGCAGUUUGCUUAUGAUCAAGUUGGGAACCAGGCACUGGCUGCUGAAUGUGCUGCUUCUUACUUGCUCUUCUAUCCUUCGGAUGAACUGAUGCUGGAGAAGAUGAAAAGGUAUCAGGCGGAGCUGGGAGAGGGAGCAUCAAUGACAGCCAGAGAGAAUAUUCAACGCUAUGUGCAGAGGUCUCUGAUGGAGAAGAAGUUGAUUUACUAUGCAGUGGAGCAUCUGGGAGGAACUUUUAAUGACCCUGACCCUUGGACCCCUGAUGAGCUGAUUCCUGGAAGUCUGAAGCAGAAACACAGGGAGAAUCGGGAGAAGCAGAGGCUGGAGAAUCUGGAUGUGGGAGAGCAGGAGCAGAGGGGUCCAUUCACUUUUGAGGGCAUCACCGUCGCCAUGGAUUCUCACCAGCUGAAUGGAUCCCAGCGGGUAGUCUUUGACAGAGUCCUGACUGAUUCCGAAUGUAAGGACAUUCUCCGGCUGGCAAAGGCAGCUGGCGGUACGGGAGAUGGUUACCGAGGCAGACAGUCCCCUCACACCCCCCAUGAGAGAUUUGAAGGGUUAACAGUGUUAAAGGCUUUGCAGCUGGCACAAGAUGGGACCGUGAACUGGAGAGAUGCCACACUGCUCCUGCAUGCCAGCGAGAAAUCCCGGAAAAUAGUAGAGUCCUAUUUCACCCCUGGGAAAAGGCUCCAUUUCUCAUUCACACACCUCGUGUGCCGCACAGCUGUAGAGGGGGAACAGGAUGGUCGCAUGGAUCUCAGUCACCCAGUUCACGCUGAUAACUGUCUCUUGGAUCCUGAGGGGAAAGAAUGCUGGAGAGAACCACCUGCCUACAUGUACAGGGACUUUAGUGGAAUCCUCUACCUCAAUGAUGACUUCCACGGUGGGGACCUGUUCUUCACUGAAGUGGAUGCAGUGACCGUUACGGCUCAGGUGCGCCCCAAAUGUGGGAAGCUGGUGGCCUUCAGCUCUGGAAGGGAGAAUCCCCAUGGCAUAUGGGCAGUGACCCAUGGGAGGCGCUGUGCCAUUGCGCUCUGGUACACCCUUUCUCCGGAACAUGCAGAGCAGGAGCGGAUGGAGGCUGAGGACCUGAUGAGACAGGGGGACAUGGAGCAGGAACUGUCACACACAGAUGUCAAGGAGCAUAUGGGGACUGACCACAGUGGUGGGGCCUCACCAGAGCCCCCCGUGCCCAAGGGAAGAGCCAGAUCCACAAGCCAGAGACGUACGUCAGGCUCAGAGUCUGGGCAGCAACCCCAGAAGCUGCGAGCCAGGGAUGAGUUCUGA